AUUUUUUAUAACUUUUACAAUUGGGAAAAAACUCGGCCAAUACUUUAUUUAAGUAACAUAAAAGAUUUAUUUAACUAAAUAAUGCUGUGUGGAGAAGAUAUUUUGUAUUUUGUAUUUGAGUAAAAGACUAAUUGACAACAACCAAGACUUUCAGAAAAAAAAUGAAAGGAUGAAUUUCCUGUUUAAAAAAAACUUCAUUUCACAAGUCACACUUUUUCUGGUCACGUGAUUAAAAUAUUGUAUUUUCUCACAAACAAAAUUAACAGCGAAAAAUACUUACUAUCCCCCACAAAUCUUACAACCAAUCAAAAUACAGCAAUUUAAAUCCAACGCUCAACGUUUCAAGUUACCUACUCACACGGAUAGCUAGGAAUCAAACGGUUACAGCUACAUAUCUGAACCCUAUAUAAACUCCAACUUCUCCGCAAUUUAACAGAAAACCACUUUCGUUCGCAAUCAGUUUCAUCAGAGAAAUAAACUCAAGAAAUCACACAGCCAUGUCAGGAAGAGGCAAGGGAGGAAAAGGUCUCGGAAAGGGAGGCGCAAAACGACACCGUAAGGUUCUCAGAGAUAACAUUCAGGGAAUAACAAAGCCUGCAAUUCGUCGUCUCGCGAGACGCGGUGGCGUGAAACGUAUCAGCGGUCUAAUUUAUGAAGAAACUCGUGGUGUUCUCAAGAUCUUUCUUGAGAAUGUGAUUCGUGAUGCUGUUACCUAUACUGAGCAUGCUCGCCGUAAGACUGUUACUGCGAUGGAUGUUGUUUAUGCCCUCAAGAGACAAGGCAGGACUCUUUACGGAUUCGGCGGUUAGGAAAUUAGGGUUUAUUGUAAUUUGAAUCUCAAUGUUGAUGUAUAAUGUGUAAUAAUAGUUGAGCUUUAGCAUUGGCACUGUUUUAAUUGAUGAUUUGAGUUUUAAAUCCAAAUUAUUGCUGUUU